AACCCGCCCGGGCGGCCAGGAGCAAGCUGCAAACAGAGAGACACAUAUACACACAGAGACAGAGAGAGAGAGAGAGAUUGGGGCAAUAAAACAACCGGAUAACUCCUCGCAUUUUAUUCAGAACCUUCACUGUUCCCAUCGAGGGAGGGCCUGAAGAAACUGUUGGCGAGGAUUUUGGGGGGAGCAGAGGGAGAGAAGCUGCUGCUGGCUUUGUGCAGCAGUCAGAGAGAGGGAGGAGGAGGAACCUGGGGGGGGGGGGGUGGAAUGACCGGUCUGAGGAGGAGGAGGAGGAGGUGAUGCUCCAGGAAGGACGACAGCUUCUUCCCUUUGACUGAGGAGCCGCCGCCGCCGCCGCCCACCCACCCUCUCCCCCUCCCUGUCUCGGUUCUUCGCCUCUCGGUGCGGUCAUGGUGGGGACAUCGUGGUCCCCGUGCCCCCAGCGCUCCUCGGCCGUCGCUCGGUGCCUCUGGCUUCUCGCCGUGUUAGCACUGAGCCGCCUGCCGGUGGCACUGCCCGCCAACCCACUCUCCAGCACCGAGUGUCAAAGCGGAAAAGGCAAAGGAACAAACUGCUCAGAGUUCAAUGAGCGAGAAAAUGAUUUCAAGAUGUGCGAUGAGACCACAUGUAAAUUUGAUGGUGUGUGUAAGGAAAUUGGGGAUGACUUGACAUGUUCAUGCCAAUUCCACUGUCAUACACAUUACAUCCCUGUCUGUGCAUCCAAUGGAGAUACUUAUCAGAAUGAAUGUUUCAUGAGGCUAGCUGCAUGCAAAUAUCAGAAAGAAAUCACAGCUGUAACCGAAGGCCCAUGUUAUACAGAAAAUGGCUCUGGGUCUGGCGAAGGAGAAUAUGAAGGCUCAGGAACAGAAAGACGGCAAAAACAUGUAAAGUGUGGAAAAUGCAAGUAUGGGGCUGAAUGUGAUGAAGAUGCAGAGGACGUCUGGUGUGUGUGCAAUAUAGACUGCAGCAGAUUCAACUACAACCCGGUGUGUGCAUCUAAUGGAAAAUCAUAUGAUAGUCCUUGCCUUGUCAAAGAAGCAUCCUGCCAGAGACAGGAAUGGAUUGAAGUAAAACGGCUUGGUAAAUGCCAAGAUGACACUGCUUCUUUGGGGAAAGACAAUGGAUUUCAGCUGGGUACAGAAGUUAAAGAUGCCAGUGAUCAAAGAGAAGAUAUUUACACCGGGAACUACCAGCCGUGUUCAGAAAAUAUCUGCAUGCAUGGCAAGUGUGAAUAUAUUUAUGCUCGCCGAGAGACAUCCUGUCUCUGUGACUCUGGAUACAUUGGACAGCGCUGUGAAAACAGAGACUUCAGUAUUCUAUAUGUUGUUCCAAGUGGGCAAAAACUUCACUAUGUCUUAAUUGCAGCAAUAAUUGGAGCUGUGCAGAUUGCCAUAAUAGUUGCUGUGGUGAUGUGUAUAACAAGGAAAUGCCCAAAAAAUAACCGAGGCCGCCGACAGAAACAAAACCUAGGACAUUUUAACGCAGACUGCACCACUUCAUCAAGGAUGGUCUAGUUUAUCAUUUUUAUACCUUUUUUCUUCAUUUGCCAUGUCUCACCAAUUGCUGAAUUAUAAGUGAUUUUUCUUUUCCUAAGAAGAAGAUUUUUGUUUCAGAGGCCUUUGUUUUCUGAGCCUGUGCCAGCAUAGAAAUGACUGUGCCUGGUGAUAUGACCAGGAUGCUCGAGUGAUAGAUAAAUAAAUGACAGUCUAUUCAUAACUGACAGUUUCUCCAUCAACCAGUAGGAGGGUUCUUUGAUUUUUAGAAAAAAAAAUUCAAACUGAAAUGCAGGAACAAGUCAAGACGACACAGCUGGCCUCAAAAUGAAAUACUAAUGAAAGGACCAUUUUUGUACUUCACGAGCAGAAUUUUGCUCUUUAUUUAUGCCACUCACAUGUUGUGUAAUAACCUUGCCACAAUGUUAAUAGUAAAUUACAAAUGACACUUGAAAGGCAGAGAACUACUUGAGGGAGUUUUGAGUAAGGGAUUGACUGAACCUGCUAAAGACAAGAGGAUUAAAGAAAAGGGAAUUAAAUGUUUACAACUAACUUUCCUUGCAAGAAACGAAGGGAUUUUUUUUGAAGUUAUUAGGGAAUGAUGCAUUUUCAAACACUAUUUGCAUGAUUUGUGGAGCUGUGUUCUGUGAUUAGUUUAAAUUCAAAGCUGUUUGGAUUGAGUAUGUGGUCGACAUCUGAGCCGUGCCAUUUGGAUAACUCUGAGUCCACAGCUAUAUUUGACUCCCCUUGGUGUAAAUUUAGUAACUCAUCAAUGUAACUGGUGGUGCUUAUGGUGUGUGCCACAGGGAAAAAAAAUUGUUUUGUAGAACAAGACUUUAGGUUGAUCAUUUGGUGUAUUUAUUGAGAUUCAAAUGGUUUUAAAAGUUGCAUUGAUACACUGUUAUUAGUCACCAUCAUGCUGUGAUAAAAUACACUGUAAUUAUUUAAACAUGCGUUGUAUUUGAGAUUACGUUGCAAACGGUACUAAAAUCUCAACAGUGUCACCUACUGGGCAUGUGUGUUUAGGAUUGUGGUUUAACAAAGUUUCAUGGUUCUGUCACUGCAGUGACAAGGGUGUGAUCUGCCUUUAUAACACAAUACUGCAUUAUGCUGAAAUUCAAAGCAAUUUUGACCUCAGCAAAAUUAAGUGGUGCCAUUCGGUUCUCAUCUUAUCUGUCAAAAUUCUGGAAGCACCAUUUCACAGAAUCUGUUUUUUAUUUUAUUGCAAAUUAUCAAUUUUCAAAUAUUUAAUACGAGUGCUGAAGUUCACUUCAAUGAGGUUGUGCUAGCUUAUUCGUAAACAUAGUCCAUAGCCUAUAGUUUCACAAUAAAUAUAUUUCCUCUCUUUUAAAAGAAAGUAAGCACUGGUUUGACAGAAAAUGCAUUUUACUGCAGCAGAUUGCAAGAACCCUCUCCCUUUAAAACCUAGAUCAUGACACUUAGUGGUUACUUCAGAAAUAUGUCAAUGAAGUAAAAUCGAAGGGCUAACAUUAAAGAUGUUUUACCAUAAUGUUUCAGUAAAAUGCUAACUUUUUUAAAGAUCAGUGAAUACGGUACACCCUUCAUUUAAAAUGUGUUUUCGUUUCACACUACAGAACACUGAAAAUGACACACACUUUAAAAACAGCCUAGACUCAUGUCAGCAGGUUGUGAGAUUAGGUUCCAUUCCACAGGUCUUAGCACUUAGUUUGAAUUGCCACUUUAGAAUAGUUUUGAAGGAUUGCUACACUCGCAGAGGUUGCAUUUUUUUCAAUGAGUUCUUAAAUUGAUGGCCUUGUCUUUGUCCUCAGGUAGCUGAAUAGGAUGCCAUGGUAUGAUUUGAAGAGAAGGGGAAUUCUUUACAAUGUCAAGUCCUAGCCAAUGUUUAAAUGUCUGAUUAUAUCUAAACAUAAAUGGUUAAGCGUCAUUUGAACAGUUAUCUGUUAAUUUAUUAAAUUGCUACCAUAUAUAUUUGAGUAAUUGUUAAUCUCUUGUCAAGGUUGACUCUUGACUUUGGCCAAAAAUCAUUCAUUUUUCAUGCACCUCAUAUACAGGUUGACCUCCAACACCUAAAACCCCAAAGCCUGUAUUCUCUGCACACUUAUGACUGAAAUCAAACUCACACUGGCACAAACCCAAUUGGUAGAAUCAUAGAAUAGCAUAUUAUUGAAGGCAGUUAGGCAACUCCUCAUGUCUAUGCACAUACCUAUGAAGACCAGGUCUGAGGAAAUAAACUCCAGUCUAGCAACUGAUGGAAGAGGAUAGAUCUCAACCUCUCUAAAAUGUUAUUCGUGAAAAAAAAUCAGCCCUUUAUUUUAUAUCUAACCAUUGAGUCUUAGGAACUCAACUUAUCUAAAACUACACGUUCUCACAAUCAAAUGGCAUUUCAAUAUAGGUCCUUGCUGUGUACAAAUUGGUUGCUGCAGUUCCUGCGUUACAAGAGUGAUCAGAAUUAUAAAAUCAUUCAGUGGCUGUAAAAUGUUUUGGGAUGUGCUGAGGUCAUGAAAGGUGCUAUAAAAUGCAACUCUUUAUUUCUUUUUUAUCUGGAUAUUAUUUUGUAAGGGUUUAAUUUACAAUAAAGAUUAUCGCGGCAAAUGUUAUUGCUAUGUAUAAAAUGAUCAGAGAUACACUGUUUUUGGCCAGUCUCUGUCCUCAAGAGUGAUCCUAACAUUUUAGUCCUUUGCUUUUUCAAUAAACCCUCUUGUUCUUAUGCCAA